AUUUAUAUCCCGUUCUCUCUCUCUUUUUCUCUCUCUCUUCGCCGUCUCUAUCACCCCCUUAUUCUAUCAGUAGUACUCUCUCUCUCUCUCUCUCUCUCUCUCUCUAAAAACUCAGUCCUCGAAUUGUCUGCUUCUCAAAGCUAGGGUUUUGUUUGGAGCCCUAGACUUGUUGAUUCGAUGAUGGACUGAACUCUCUGCCCCUAAUCCCCCCCAAUCACCAUUGUGGAGGCUUCUUAGCCCUUCAAUGUCUCUCGUCGAGACCUCGAUCGAUUGCGUCCAUCAACGCCUCGAUCGCCUCCCUUCCAAACGCAAACUCGACGAUUAUGCCCCCUCCGAUUCCGACACCGAUUCCGACUUCUCAUCGGACUUAGUCUCCGUCAGGAUGAGGAAAGACGAACCCAAUUCCGCCGCCGCCGCUGUCGUUUCCACCUUCUCCACCAAUCAGAUCUCUCCACCGCUUGAAACUAGGGUUUCCGAUGCUCGAUCGGCUUCUUGCUCUUCUUUGUCCCAUUUCCUUUCAAUUCGAUCACUCUCCAGUCUUCAAUUCUUCGUCAGAACCUUCUCUCAAGGUAAUAAUACCCUAGUUAUUCACGCGAAUUCUGAGGAUACUGUGAAAUCCAUACACGAUCGCAUCGAGGAGAUUACGGGGAUUCCCGUGAUCGAACAGAGGUUGAUUUAUCGGGGGAAGCAGCUUCAGUGGGAACAAUCUUUAGCUGAGUGUUCGAUUCAGAACGAUGCUGGGCUUCAAUUGGUGGGUCGUAUGCGAAGUACCCCUCAUCCCAAAGCUUGGCAAGUGAUGGAUGAGAUGGUUUCUUUGAUUUUUCGGCUUUGUAAAGGCGAAAACACGCCUUCUGCCAAGUCCGUCAAGUCGAGGCUAUCGGAGUUCUUGACCAUGACGCCGAGGAACGACAAUGAAGCUGCUUAUGGCCAUCUUCAGAUAUUUUUAUCUUCUUGCGCUCCAGCGGCUUUGGUUAUGCUCUACAUGUCGCCCUAUAAAGGUAACAAGGAGUGUGGUGAUGAAUCGAUUCGGCAAUUUGUUAAUUCUAGUCGAAAUGUGUUGCCAAAAGCUAUACACGCUCUGUGUGCACCUAUAGUGUUAGAAUUUUGCAAGUUGCUUGGUAGAGCUGCUCAUGAUGACCCUUUGUAUUCAUUGUGUAGAAGUAGUCUUGGGUCAAUGGUGGAAUAUAUUGGCACUGGGUUGGGUUCGAAAAGCAGUGAUAAUAGUAAGGCAUUGAUUGUAGUUCAAGAGGUUUUUCAAUUUGUUAGAGAGCUUGCAGCUAGGUUGUCUAAUGAUCUAGUGUUGAGUAUCGAAUCGCCAACGAAUGUGGGGCCAUUGUCGAGUGAUGUCCGUGAUUUCACGGCGUUCUUGCACCCCCUACGAACUGCAAUUAUGGAGCAAGUGGGUUUUGGGGGUCCAAUCUCAAUGCCAUUUUCUGAGGGUGAUCAUAAUCUUCCCUUUUACGAUGAAGAGAUUAAGUUUCUUUAUGGUAUUUUUACUGAUUUAUUGGGAAAAAUGGAACAGUGUCUUCAGAAAAUGGAGGAGUGCUUGGCUACGAAAGAGAAAAGGGAAGGUGAACAACUUCCUCAAGGAUGGGACCAGUAUCUUGCUAUUUUGAAGGAAUUGAAUAUUAUCUCUAAACUUUAUCAAGGUGCUGAAGAACAAUUCUUGACAAAAUUGAGGCAGCGAAAGGUUUCUGUUUGUUAUCUUAUCAUCAGAUACGCGAAGCGGAGUGACGAUCAUAAAUGGCUUCUUGAGCACAAGGAUGUGACAGAUUUUGAAUCUAGGAGGCAUCUGGCGAUGAUGAUGCUUCAUGAAGUGAAGGAUGAGUAUGAGGAGCUUCAUGAGAUGCUCAUUGACAGGUCACAGUUGUUGUCAGAAUCGUUCCAGUACAUUGCACGUGCAGAACCUGAGGCAUUGCGUGCUGGUUUAUUUAUGGAGUUUAAAAAUGAGGAAGCUACAGGACCUGGUGUAUUGCGGGAGUGGUUCUUUAUGGUAUGCCAGGCAAUUUUCAAUCCACAGAACGCCCUUUAUGUAGCUUGCCCAAAUGAUCGUAGAAGAUUUUUCCCGAAUCCUGUGUCCAAGGUAGAUCCUUUGCACCUUGAAUAUUUUAGCUUCUCUGGCAGGGUAAUUGCCCUAGCCUUGAUGCAUAAGGUGCAAGUUGGCAUUGUCUUUGAUCGUGUGUUUUUCUUGCAAUUGGCUGGAAAGGAUGUUUCUUUGGAAGAUAUUCAGGAUGCAGAUCCAUGCUUGUACAACAGUUGCAAGAAAAUCUUGGAAAUGGAUGCUGAGAUGGUGGAUUCAGAUGCACUGGGUCUAACAUUUGUGCGAGAAGUAGAAGAGUUAGGAUCCAGGAAAAUUGUGGAGCUUUGCGAUGGUGGUAAAAGCAUUUCUGUGAAUAGUAGGAAUAGGGAGGAGUAUGUUGAUCUUCUUAUUCGGCAUCAUUUUGUCACAUCUAUCUCUGAGCAGGUAACCCAUUUUGCUAAAGGGUUUUCUGAUAUGCUUUGCCAACCAUUGCUCCAUAAGUUCUUUUUCCGAAGUUUGGAGCUCGAAGAUCUUGAUUGGAUGCUGCAUGGGAGUGAAAGUGCUAUUUCAGUGGAGGACUGGAAGGCACAUACUGAAUAUAAUGGGUACAGAGAAACUGAUCCACAGGUACUCUGGUUCUGGAAGAUUGUUGAGGAAAUGUCAGCAGAGCAGAAAAAGGUUCUCCUCUUUUUUUGGACUUCAUUAAAAUAUCUACCUGUGGAGGGUUUUGGCGGUUUGGCUUCUCGGCUACACAUCUACAAGUCUUCGGAGUCCCAUGAUCGCCUUCCUUCGUCCCACACAUGCUUCUACCGACUGUGUUUCCCACCUUACCCAUCUAAGGAUAUUAUGCAAGAUCGUCUUCGCAUUAUAACCCAGGAACAUGUCGGCUGCAGCUUUGGCACAUGGUGAAAUAUCGACAGCAUCAACAAUUUUGGACAGAAAAGGAACUUUCUUAUGAUUGCACAUAAAAAGAUUUGUAUCCAGCUUUGUACAUAUUAUAUAUAGGGUAAUGUUAGCUGUUUUGCUAUUUAUAACUAUGUAAGAAGCUGCUGUCUCUCUAUUGUGUUUCUACAAUGAAAGUUUGUAAUUUCUUUUUCUUUUUUCUUUUUUACCUUCUUCUCAAACUGUUUAUAUAGGUACAAUUUAAAUAAGGAAACAAGGAAGAUAAUUCCCUCAACUUCUAUUGUAACAUCUAUGCUUCCUUUCUAUGCAUGAAGUUUGUUGAAAUUAUCCC